AGAGUCUACAACUGGGGAAUACUGCUAAGAAGGAAAGUCAAGGAAUUGGUUUCUUAAAUGGAGGCUUUCCUAAGAGAGAUCAGUUCAAAUGCCAAAUGCCUGUUUGAAUUUAGAGACCUGCAUGAGUAUGAGAAUCGCUUGAAAACUUUCACACACUGGCCUUUUACAGAGAACUGCAAAUGUUCUCCUGAAAAUAUGGCCAGUGCUGGCUUUAUCCACUGUCCAAGUGCAAAUGAACCUGAUGUGGCAAAGUGUUUCUUCUGCUUGAUAGAGUUGGAGGGCUGGGAGCCACAUCAUGAUCCCCAGUUGGAACACUCAAAGCGUAGCCAGGACUCCUGUGGGUUUUUGGCUCUUUCUAAGAGUUUUGAUGACCUGACAGUUGAAGAAUAUUAUGAACUAGAGAUGGAACGGGUUAGGAUUUUUCUAAGCAAAACUGGCAGAAGUAUAAUAAAUGCCUUUGAAAAAGAAGUGGCUGUAACCAGGAAACGUCUUGUGGACCACUUCAUGAAUAAGUACCAGUAUACUCCAGAAUCUGAGAAGCUGCCCCAGUUGCUCCGGCCGUGUCCGGCUCCUAUUCCAAAAGAGAACUGUGUGCCAACCACCACAUAGAAGAAAAUGGGUCACAACGGACACGAGGGGAGGCUGUUCUACUGACAAACAGUAAUGCAAGUACUGUAGUAUAUACCUGGCAGAAGCCCUUAGGUGAGCAGUGUGGCACGGGGGAAAGAUUGGGCCAUCUAUCUUGCAAAUUUGCUGGAAGCAUUUUGUGUGUAGUGUUGUUUUAUAUGAAACCAGUGAAUGAAAAAGGGGGGAAAUAUUCUUGACUUAUGGAAGACAUCCAUUAAACUGCAAUAUUGUGUUUAGGGGGGUAGGAGAAUGGGAUCUUCAAAUAAAGAUUUUUGGAUA